ACCAAACUUGACAUUCUCCAAAUUCCACCUGUGAAAGGCUCCCCUUCUUAUUGAUCCCCAUCCCACCCCCACGCCACAUCUUAAUCCAUAGGUACAUAUAGUCACAUUGAAAUAUACAUAUAUACACACACAUAUAUAUAUGGCUGACUCUCAAAAUCCUAAUAAUUCCAGCCAAAUAAAUCAACCUGUUCAACCUAGUGAAAGUUCUAAAACACCAGUUUGCCCUAUUCCUCCACCACUGCCUGCAGAGACUCAUAUUCAAACAACUAGUACACCUUAUAAACCUAAUCCAUUAUCAAACAUUGGAAUAUUAGAAAACACAAAAUCUCCAAAAACCGUUCAACUACAAAAUAAUAUACCACCAACUGUAACCACCACCACCAUGAGUUCCACAUCAUCGUCGGGUGGUUCACCAAGCCGCCCUUCAAGUGGAAAACAUGCCGUAUUCCGAGGAAUACGCAGUAGAAGUGGGAAAUGGGUGUCUGAAAUUAGAGAACCACGUAAGACUACAAGAAUAUGGUUAGGAACUUACCCUACACCUGAAAUGGCUGCUGCUGCAUACGAUGUCGCAGCAUUGGCUUUAAAAGGUGGAGAUGCUGUCAUAAAUUUCCCCGGUAACAUUAAUUUGUAUCCUUCACUUCCUCCUUCGCCAUCAUCGGCAAAUAUAAGAAAAGCAGCUGCCAGCGCUGCGUUGCUGAUGAAGAUAGAAACUGGAGAAAACACAGUCGGGACUCAGCCAGGUGUUGAUGAUCAAUCUUCGGGAAGUGCACAAAUGUUGGCAACUACGGAUGAAUACAUCGACGAGGAGGCAUUAUUUGAUAUGCCUAAUUUGCUGGUUGACAUGGCAGAGGGAAUGAUGGUGAGCCCGCCAAGAAUGAACUCAUCGCGGUCAGAUGAUUCACCGGGAAAUUCUGAUGCAGAAAGUCUUUGGAGCUAUUAAGCAAAUCCAGGCAUUUUCAAAAAAAAAUAAAAAAUCCAUGGAUUAAUUUUCUUACAACUCAUUUGAGAUAGCAUAGAUAGACCAUAAAAUCACUCAAAAGAAAAGACUUUUCUGUGUGAAAAAGGGAAUUUCGGAUAAGGUAAAAUUCGAAAAAUUAAGUAAAUUACGAAGGUUAAUCUAGGGUUUUUGUUUGUGAGUAAAUGGAGUAGUUUUUUGUCCUCCAAAUUCUUUGUAUUUGAGGUAUCGAUUCAAUCGAUCGAUCAUGUUAUGAGAAAUUUAAAGAUCGUAUUGUAAAAUUUUCUGCAGAAA